UACGAAUGUUAAUGGAAAAAAUACAAUUGCUAACAAAAAAAGUGCAGAUGUUAAUAAUGAACAAGGGCAUUUAAAACCACAAAACGAGGGUAAUGGCGAUGAUAUUGACAAAGAUCAUAAAUUAACUAAAGAAGAACCAGGUCCAGAAGCUGUAACAGGUGAGACAAAUGUAAAAGAUGUCAUAUGGCAUCAAUCUUCAGAGAACAAAGAGCUUGAGAUAAAAUAUCAAGCUGGAGUUUCUGAAGAUCCCGAAAAAGAAGAAUCUGAAGUCGAGAUAAUUUUAGAUCCUCCAAGUAGAAAGACAAGCAUUACGCAAGAAAACGAUGGGCAUGUUAAUCUUCAGACAAGCAAUAGCACAGAAUCUAACGGUGCAACUAUGAAAUCUGAAGAUCGAUCUGAAAAUAGUCAAUCGCCCUCAAGCAAAGAAUCUCCGACAUCACCAUUAACGGAGGAUCAAGAAAAGGAACGCGCACAACCUACUCAAUCAUCUAAACGAUACUCGACAAGAAGAGUUGCUACUACACCAGCGACACAAGCAACUGAACAAGAGGUAGCGGGAAGUGAUGUUGGUCCUUCUCGAGUUGCUGGAGAAAUUCCACCAUCAGGUUUGUGCUAA